AUGAAAUAUUCAAUAGUUGUCUUCCUUUUGACCGUUUGGUUGGCAUUAAGUUUGGCUCAAAAGACAGAGAAUGAGACGGAGAGUAACCAAAGACAGGGACGCUUUGAUGAGAGGAAGUUCCGUUUCGAUCAGGACAAGAAGGACUUAACACAAUUCCUUAACACCAAAAAUAUUGUCAAAACAGUGGUUAAAUUGCUGUUUGGAUCCACUGAAGAGAGUUCCGCCACUUCUCGCCAAGUGCUCAAUGUUUUGGUUAAAGUGUUAGAUAUGUUGAAGUCAUCGUUCGGUCAAAGAGCGCGAAGCUCUUCCUCGCGAGGUAUUCGCGAUUCGAUAGACGACGCGGCCGUCGCCGGCAUUUCCGUCGUUAAAGGUUACGUCAGAUCUGUGCUCACAAAUGAUGAGCACUGUAUUCAGAAGCAUACGUGCGAAGCAUCAGCUCUGGCCUCCAGAGAAGGCCGUGAAUUGGGAUAUCUUAUCGCUCAGAUGGGAGGAUAUGCCUCGAGUUAUUUGUUGGAGAGCCAGAAAUCGGUUCCAUUUAAUGCUAACUACGAGGCCUCACGACAGGGAAGAAGUGGAGCCGAUUGUACCAAAUUAUACCAGACCUGCAAUGAAGCCGAUUAAUUGUUGUCUCGUUUCUGACU